CUCUGAAGUCUGAACUCUAAAGCAAAGUUAAAUCCCCAAAUCAAAACCCUAGGUUCUCCCUAUAACGUUUCUGCCGCAGUGCUGCCGCCGUCCGUGGCCAAGCCCUCUCUUGUAGCUCGGCGUCCUCCUUCCUCCUGUCCUUCGUCCGUCCUCCGUGCUCGCUUUUCUUGGCUUGGAGCAGCUCGCGGUGCGCUGCUCGUCGUCUCCCUGGUCGCCGUCCGUGUCUCCGUCGAAGAUUUGCCAUAUACUACUGGUGAGACUACUUUUCAAAAAGAAUUUUCGAAUUUUGGCAAGAUAGCUGAAGGGAAGUGCAUUCAAUAUCCAUAUUGUAGGAUUUGGAAUUGAGCUUGGUACUUACCAUGACUCUUGUAUGCACUGCAGUUAAGAAUACAAAUAUAGAACACUUUUGGCCUGGAACAUUAUUAUGUGCUCUCUGAGGUUUGUUGUUGGAGAUUAUGGGGGGAAUUGGAAAGAAGAGGAAGAGAGAGAAGCAACAACCCACCAUUCACCCAGACAACAAGUACGCUGAGACGCCACCAGACUUCGCUCACUUGGCUUCUCUCUACCCUUCCUUCCGUCCCUACGUCAACUAUUCCACACACGGCGGCGCUGCCCAUCCUUUCCUCGACUGGACCGACUUCAACGCCACCCGCGAACUCACCCGCGUCCUCCUCCUUCACGACCACUCCCUCCACUGGCAGAUCCCUGACGGCCACCUCUGCCCUACUGUCCCCAACAGGUCCAACUACAUCCACUGGCUCAACGACCUUCUCUCUUCUCACAUCAUUCCAACCAACUCCGUUUCUUCUCAGCAAGGGAAGGUCAGGGGUUUUGAUAUUGGCACUGGCGCCAAUUGCAUUUACCCGCUUCUUGGCGCUUCCCUUUUUGGUUGGACCUUUGUUGGAUCAGAUGUGACUGAUGUUGCAAUUGAGUGGGCCACCAGGAAUGUUAACAGUAAUCCACAUAUUGCCAAGUUGAUUGAGAUUAGAAAGGUUGAAGACAACGAAAAGGCUCCAUGUCUUGAAGGGUUCCAUGAUGGUGGAACCAGGAUAGAUAUUUGCCAAGAGGUAGGGCCGUCUUUGCCUUCAUUACCUCUUCAUUCAAAUGUCCAUGAGAAUAAGAACUAUGAUGGACCCCCCAUACUUCUUGGAGUAGUCAGGGAUGAUGAGAAAUUUGAUUUCUGCAUGUGUAAUCCACCCUUCUUUGAAAGCUUGGAGGAAGCAGGACUUAAUCCAAAAACUUCUUGCGGUGGCACUUCCAAGGAAAUGGUUUGUCCUGGCGGUGAGAAGGCCUUCGUUGCUCGUAUUAUUGAAGACAGUGUUGUGCUGAAGCAUCAGUUUCGGUGGUUCACUUCAAUGGUAGGCAGAAAAUCAAGUCUCAAGUCCCUUGUUUCAAAACUUUGGGAGGUUGGUGUCACCAUAGUGAAGACGACUGAAUUUGUCCAAGGCAGAACAUCCAGAUGGGGGCUUGCUUGGUCUUUCUUGCCACCCAUACAGAAGCCAUCACUUUCUUUGCCGCAGAAGAACAUGUCCUUCAUGCUUGAGGGUCUUCCGCGCCAACAUGGUGCCAUUAAUGUAUUGGAAGCUGUAAAAUCUUACUUCUCUAUGCAUGGCCUGUCAUGUACACUGAAUACCUCUGCUUUCACAGUGGAUGUUGUAGCAUCCAAAGAUGAAUGUGAUUCAGUCUUGAAGAAUCAUUCUCCUGUUAUCAAUAAAUCCAUCAAUUUUCAACCUACAGGAGAGACAUCAAAUGGACUAAGACUAAAUUUAUCUUCUGAUAGGUCGAGCCUUCGUAUUUUGGUUUUUCAGCAGAUCCCUGGGACACUGUUAGUGAAGGGUUCAUUGCAGGAUAGGAGUAGCCCAUUAUCAGGGGUGUUUGCAGCUAUAUUCCAAAAACUGGAGGAAGCUUUGCGCCAUGAAUUUUGUACGAAAUCAGCAUAGGAGUUUUAUUGCUUACCUAGCUUAUUAUAUGGGAUAGUUUUAUUGGAUAUGAUGAUAACUUGUGGGAUGAUGGAAAAAAGUUAAUGAAUGCUAAUUUCUAUAUUUCAAGGAAACAAGCGAUGGCGCUGUUUGGGUGUAAACAGGAAAUAGAGAGACAAUCAUUGUGGAUUUUGUUUAAUCAUCUUUAUAUUUAUUUUGUGCACCAAACCCAUCAAGAACUAUCCACUUGUAUUUUGUUGACUCAAUUAUACGUAACAUUUUAGAAAA